AUGGUUGAGCCAAUUGGGAUAUCUUCUUUACCAAAUCAAAGGUACAAAAUUGUUACCAAGACUGGUGGUCAUUUAACUUUAAUGGUUGCUGGUGAAUCUGGGUUAGGUAAAACUACAUUCAUUAAUACCCUUUUCCAAACUUUAUUAAAACAACCUUUAGAUAAUAGAUCAAGACAUAAACGUGGAAUUCGUUCAACUACAGAAAUUGAAAUUAUAAGAGCUGAAUUAGAAGAAAAAAAUUUUAAAUUAAGAGUUAAUAUUAUUGAUACCCCUGGUUUUGGUGAUAAUAUAAAUAAUAAAAAUUCAUGGCAACCAAUUGUGGAUUUUAUUGAUGAUCAACAUGAUUCAUUCAUGAGACAAGAACAACAACCUUUACGUCAUGCUAAACAUGAUUUAAGAGUACAUGCUUGUCUUUAUUUCAUAAGACCAACUGGUCAUUCUUUAAAACCAUUAGAUAUUGAAACUAUGAAGAAAUUAUCCACAAGAGUUAAUUUAAUUCCAAUUAUUGCUAAAAGUGAUACAUUAUCACCAACUGAAACUUCAGAAUUUAAAAAUAGAAUUAGAUCUGUUAUUGAAGCUCAAGAAAUUAGAAUUUAUACUCCACCAAUUGAAUUAGAUGAUCAAGCAAGUGCUGAACAUGCUAAACAAUUGAUUGAAAGUAUGCCUUUUGCAAUAAUUGGUUCUGAAUAUGAAUAUGAUAAUGGUAAAGGUGAAUUAGUUAGAGGUCGUAAAUAUCCUUGGGGUAUUGCAGAAGUUGAAAAUGAAACUCAUAGUGAUUUUAGAAAAUUAAGAUCUUUAUUAUUAAGAACAAAUUUAUUAGAUUUAAUAUUAUCUACCGAGGAAUUACAUUUUGAAACUUAUAGAACUUUAAGAAUGGAAAAUAAUGAUGGUUCAAGUGAUACUCAAGGUGGUAUAACAACUUCAAGAAAAUUACAUAAUCCUAAAUUUAAAGAAGAAGAAAAUGCAUUGAAAAAAUUCUUUACUGAUCAAGUUAAAGCUGAAGAACAAAGAUUUAGACAAUGGGAACAAAAUAUUGUUAAUGAAAGAAAUAGAUUAAAUGCUGAUUUAGAUGAAAUUCAACAAAAAGUUAAAACUCUUGAUGAACAAGUUAAAGCUUUACAAUUGAAAAAUAAGCGUUGA